AUGUACCAACUUAAAGCUAUGGAAUGGAUUUUACUUAUGGUUUUGUUUAUCCCAACCCUUUCUCUAGAUAUUUCUUUACUUCCUUCUACUGGUGUUCCACCUCCAAGUACAACCCUAGGCACUAUGGUUUACGAUUCAAAGAACGACCAACUAAUUAACUUUGGAGGCCUCUCAACAGGUGGCUCUUACUCCAACGACCUUGCUUCUUUUUCACUUAAACUUAUGAGAUGAAGUAUCAUUUUGCCUUAUUUAUCUACAGUCCCAGACGAGCGUGCCACAUCUGCAAUGUUUUAUGAUGAAGACAACCAUCAAGUUCUCUUAUACGGAGGGAGAACACGUGCAGGGCCUGCUGGAGAUUUUUGAAGUUAUAGCUUAACAGAAAACAGUUGGCAACAAUUAUCAAAAAAGGGAGAUGAUCCUGGGCCAAGAGCAUAUCUCGCACAUGUCGAAUACACAAGAAAUGGAGUGCACUAUUAUGCCGUUUUCGGAGGUUUAACACCUACAGCUGUAGAUAACAGCUUAUAUAUGUAAGAUUUAUGCAGACUAGAUGGGAGCGAUUUCAAAUGAUACAAAAAACCAUCUACAGGGAGCCCGCCACAGCCAGUAGAAAGUUCUGGAAUAGCUUAUUAUGAUAAUAAGCUAUAUGUUUGAGGAGGAUUAAGCAGGUUUUCUGAGAAUUUGCAAGACACAAAGCUUUAUAUUUAUGAUUUGAAUUUACUUAGUUGGACUUCAUUAGAUGUCCCAGGUGAUGACCCUCAUGGCAGGUUUCAGCAUUUUUUGUGUAUAGUUGAUGGGUAUUUAUAUAUAAAUAAUGGGGAGGACUUUACUACUGGAAGCUCCGUUUUUGAUAUCUGAAAAUUAAAUUUAGCGACGCUGAGCUCGUGAGAAAAAGUAUGCUCUUUUGGGUGCUUAUUUGUAUAGUGGAAAUAGAAAUAUUUAUAUAUGAAGUCAUUAGAAUUGAUAUAAAUUUUAAAGACACAGAUAAUAUAGCCACUGAUAGUGGCUCAGUUACAAUAGUUGGAUCUGUUGUAUAUUCAUUUGGAGGAACUUCUAUGACAGGUAUCAAUAAUUCUCUGACUUCUAUUAACCUUUCUGCAUCCUCAAUAGCCUACAAGCUGAUUUCAGCAGAGCUAUCAGGCCCAGAGGCCCGAAUGAUGCAUUCAAUGCAGGCAAUCCAUACAAGCUUAUGAGUUUUUGGAGGUAUAGAUAGCGAUAAAGAAUUGUAAACUAUAUUUAGCUUAAGCGAUAUGUGGAAGUUUGAGCUUACAACAAAUACUUGGACUUUACUAAACCCAUCUGGAGAUAAGCCACCUGCAAGAGCAAGACAUAGUAGCUGCUCUUCUGCUGACACUUAUGUCAUUUUCGGAGGUGAAAAUAAUGAUGGCUAUUUAAGUGAUAUGUAUGAAUAUACAAUUUUGGCUAAUAUUUGGAAGGUAUAUUUAAUUGCUCUAAAUAUUUCUAUAUAAAAAUUUAGUUUUUAACAAGUUAUCAAUCAAGAUAAAGAAGUAUAGUUGAUUUUAGCUCAAGCAAAAAUCCAGUUGGGAGGUAUGGUGCUUGCAUGGCUCAAGCUGAUACUUAUAUUUAUUUAUUUGGAGGCCAUACAAUGGCUGGAUAUUCAAAUGAGCUUUGAAGACUCGAUGUUCUUGAUAAUGCAUUUGUCCUUCUUGAUGACGGGCUUUCAGAGCAAGUCCCAAAGCUAGCCAACACUAAAUGCUUCAUAAGAAAUAUUAAAUCAAAUUACUACUUCUACAUAGCAACUGGAGAAGGGGAAGAUGGAGUGCCUAGCUCUCAGAUUCACAGAUAUGAUAUAAACAAUGAAGAAUGACAAUCAGUAAUGGACAAAGGAUAUGGGCUAUUUUCUCUUUCAGGAGCAGCUGGGACAAACAUAGAUAACUAUCUGCUUAUUGUGGGAGGAGAACAAUGGAAUUUUGAAGCAUUUGAUUCAAUUUUUAUGAUUGAUCUUGACGAUAACCCUACACCUAAUGAAAUCGGCAAUGUUGAAGAGCCUAUCUAUUCAACUGAAGUCGUUUAUUUUGGAAAUUCCUUAUAUUUAUUUGGAGGAGGAGAUACCCUUUCAAGAUUAGUCCAAAAUUUUAUACCAAAACAAUUUUUGUUUAAAAUUACUCCGAACUCUAGUGAUGGAUUUACAUGGCCUUGCAGUAAUGGAACAUAUGGAAAAGAUUGUGAUCCAUGCCCAGAAGGGCAUUAUUCAGAUACGUUUGGAAUUGAAGAAUGCAAAAAGUGUCCAAAAGGAACUUAUAAUACUUUUAAAGGGGCUCGCACUUUGAAUGAGUGCUAUCAUUGCAUAUACAUUAUAAUGCUCUGAAAGUCUACACGCUGCAAUCCGUGGUUCGAAGAAGGCCUGGAGAUCUUGUGGAAGGAAUAAUGGGGCCAGAAGAUGCAUUCCUGCUGAUUUUUACGUUUUGGUGGUAAAGCGAGUUUUACCUUCUCUCGUCCAGAUUGAUUUUUUCUUUGCUAGGUCGUGGAACUCGGCAUGAUAGCCUAACAUCAAUGACUUUCAAGUAGCAAGUACAGAUUCCUGUCUAAAGGUAACAACACAGUUGAAAUCAGUAUGCGGACUGGUGAGAAAGUGGUGGAGCGCUAAUAGAGGCGAAUAGCUGCCUAAAAUCUGCAAAGGCAUAAUUAAUUAAUGUUAAUGAGUGCUAUCCUUGUGCAUAUGGCUCCUAUGCUUCUGUAGAAGGGUCAAAAUAUUGUGAUAAUUGUCCAGCAGGGACAUUUUGUCCCGCUGGGACAGCUGAGCCUUUGCUAAUUAAAGACAGGGUUGAUUUUGUGAGUGUGCAGCCUAAGCUCUAUAAGCAAGACUCAACGAUAGUUGAUUUAACAUUUAGCUCUGCUAUGUAUUUUAUUAUAGCAGUCUCUAUUUUCAUCACAAUCCUACUAAUUGUCCAUAAGCCCAUACGAAGUUCAUUGCCUAGAUUUGACUCAUAUUCAACCAACCAUGAAACCAAAGAGAAUCACCCCAUAAUAAAAAGGAGAACAGCCCUUGGUGGUCUUUUUAGCUUGAUUUUUCUAAUGCUUGCAUGCUUAUUUAUACUGCAAGGAGCUGUUAUAUAUUUUACUGACAAUAUUAUUGAGGAAAAAAACCUUGAACCCUUAGUUUCAUUAGAAAAUGACUAUGACUCUUUUCCCGGGGAAAUUUAUAUAAUUGUCACUUUUUAUUAUUACGGAGGAAGUUGUGUUAAUGGCGAUUCUUGUGUAAGCGAUCUUUUUUAUAGCUAUAUUGAUAUUGAAGGAGAUAUGAGCCAUCCUGUGUGCAAAUUUGAAGAAACAGACUGUGUCGUCUCAUUUACUUGCCAUUCAUGUAAUCUUGGAGUUGGAGCUUCAAUAAAUCUCUCUAUAUAUGAGCCUAGAAGCUAUGCAAGCUACAUUUCUGUAAACAUUUCGUCAACCUCAUCAAUCCCAAAUGAAUUAAGCAUAAUUGAAAUUGAUCUUGUUACUUCCUCUACUUCUUUGAUAUUCAGAGGACCAGAAGCUUCAAAAUUCACCUUUUCAAUGACUCCGUCUAUCUUUUUCUCAGAAAUUUCUACCUGAAAAAAUGAUCAAACUGGCUACCACGUCUCGCUGCCUCAUUCGCCAAGUGUAGGAUCUACAAUACCUACAGAAGAGUAAGACCUAUUUAGAAUAAACUUUGAAGAAUCUAUAAGAGUUUCUAUUACUCUUGAUGUAGGGGAUGUAGUUUUGGUAACAAAAAGACUAUACUCACAAACACUAUUUUUAUUGUUUGGGACACUGCUUGGCUCAGUGUUUGGAAUUAUUGAAAUAGGUGGACAUCUAAUGGGGAAGGCUGAAGGUGUCCAAGACAAAAUAAUAAAAAAGUGGAACGAAUAUAUGUAUAUUCAUAGAAUUAUAGGAACCGUAGAUAAGUUUAAAAGGAAUUUUGAUGUACAAAGUCCAGAGGAGAUUAUUAUUUCAGAUCAGAUGACUGAGGCUUAUACGUUUGACGAUUCAGAUAUUAAGAAAAGAAAUAAAAUAAUAAAGUAG